AUGGGAUCUUGCCUCAAACUCCCUCAUAGAAAGAAAUAUCAGUUCAAAGAUUUUAUUCUGGAAGUGUAUCCAAGUAAUUCAAGUGGAAAACUAAAUCAAGAUGCCCUUCAUCAUCUUAAGAGUUAUGUUGGUAGUAAUCCAGAGCGAGUUGCGCCUGUAUGUCGCAAAAUUUACAAACUCAUGUGUUCUCACCUGAGGCAUAGGAAGUCCAAUAAUGUAAUGGUGUCUGUAGCAAUGUUACAGUUUCUUAUCAAAAAUGCGUCAGUAGUAGAUAGAUUUGUGUCAGACUGCAUAGAAAUCGUAUCGGUUUUGUUGUCCACACACGAACCACGCUAUAAAAUCGAGGCAGCUGGUAUAUUAAGUAUUCUUUGUCAUCGUCUGGUAAUUGAUAAGAAUGGAGCGAACUCGCGCCGGCUUAUAGCCGAUAGCCAGGACCGUUUUUUGAAGCCUUUGCAGCAGAUGUGUGUCGACGGGAUACCUGACAUCAAAGAUCACGGUAACAUUCAAAGAAGUUACGCUGCUAUCAUUGCUCUUGGUCAUAUUUCUAGGUGUCUGGGCAGCUCCAGCACCGAGCAUGUCGCAUCACGCCUAUUUCCUAUCCUAGAAAACCUCGUAUCGGUCCUGCGGAGCCGUCCUCAGGGGCCUAUGGAAGAAGUAACCAUAGGGCAGCAAAUGAACAAUAGCAAUUAUAUUGUUGAUCCACCCAUCAGUGUGGAGCUGCCGGAAUCCGCCUCAAAGGACAUGGAUAUUCUCUAUGUGCAGGCAUGCAGCUUUGCGGUCAGCACGACGGCAGGCUGUGUCACUACCACAGGUAUUGAAGACCUCCUCACGCGCAUUACCGCUUUCAUGACCACACAAAAGGCUUGGUCGGUACCAAUAAUGGCGCCUAUUGUGUUCUGUGCGCUAGCGGCACCAAUGCAGGAGCGCCCGAUACGACCAGAAUUCAUGGUUUAUAGGGGGCUGUGUGAGUUGGGCAUCAGGAGCAACGAUAUUGCUGUCCAUAUCGGCGUACUAGGCGCACUGAAGGCUUACCUUGAACGUAUGUCCGUGAGCGACAGCAGACCACGAUCCAUUGUAAAACUUAUUCAAGCCGUGAUAACGAAUUCACUUCUCCAGAGAUAUGCAUGUGACCACGAGCGUUUAGUGCGGGACAUGCAAAACGCGGUGACUGAACUUAUUUUCACUCUUCUUCAAGUCAUUUACCACCAGCGACAGGCCCUCGAACUGCAAAGUGUCGUAGAGUCUGUUCUGUGUAUGACUUUAGGGACAGGUAUCAUGGAGGGGGGAGAACUUGCACAGAAAAGGAGUCGCACAGAUUGGAUUUUUAUGCUCCGCUGCAUGACUGUGGUUUCACCUUACGUGCGAACGGUUCCAUCAUCAGAUCGCGCAAAGGGAGUGCUAAAGGUUGGUGAUGCUAUUGUGUCUUUUCUGUAUGACAGCGAUGAUGCAGCGCGUAUAUGGGCGGUUCGCAUACUGCAACAGAUCUUGGCUGGUACACCAACCGGGCGAGGCGCAUUGAUCGAUGAGCCGUCCAUGCCACUUUACGUCGAUGAAAGGGAUGCCACUAUUGCUAGGAAUUGGGUUCAUGCGAUGAUGUGGACAACGCGUGAGAUCACCCCGCAGUGCGUCGUGCAGGUUGCCGAUGUUACUACUGCUAUCAUGACUGGGCGGGGUAUAAAGGAGAUUCCCUUUGUUUUCAAUUUGCUCUGUCGCUUACAGCAACGGUGCACGGACAUAGACUCACAUAAGGAAUGCGACUGUAGUAUCUUGUCCAACCCAGGGAUGAUGUCCGCUCUAACGCGAGCAUGGCUUCAUAUGAUUGUUGUGCUGUUAAUUAGCUGUGGUCGUGUGUACAAUAUCCCUAGACUAGUAGACUAUGUCACUGAUAUAUUUCACCAGCGCCAGGUGGCAUAUCCAUCGGAAUUAUCGAGUCAUUUCGAGUCAACCCUGAUCAAGAGCUACGCUUUUGAAGACCUUUGCCCAACCAGUGGCCUCAAAGUGAUUGCCGCUUUGGAUGGCAAGAGUAUCAUUCUGAACGACGACCCCUGUGAGGGACCUGUCAAAAUAUUGCCUUCAUUUAGCAGAAUUAACAGUCUUAUUGUAGAAGCCGAACGCGACAAAGUGGCAUCUGUAUUUGGGGCCACCGCUGGCGACGCCGCAGCGCGUGAGCUCCAAGUAUCUAUUGAUCAAACCUAUCUCCACUCUGACAACAAACUUAUCGAAGGAAGCUUUCUGCUGAAGAGCCUUCUGCCGAACUCAACGAUCUCAUCUACAGAAGCGGACAUUGAUGUCCCUUUCACCCUCCAGGUUCCAGAGGCGCGUAUCGCAGAGUUGCGCUCUAUCAAAAUAACUCUGGUUGACAGUGUUUCUGAGGUCAUGCUCCCGCGCGUGGAGUUGCCUCUGAAAAGUGCUUCUAAUUCAAAUCAAAUAGCAGAAAUUUUAGAUACCUAUGGUGUGAGUGCGUCAUCAAAGAUUUUUUCCGUCGACACUUCCACUACGCCGAAACAAUUUUUCUCGAGAGACGGAGUCCAGGAGGGUCCAAAAGAGCACGAAACCAUUCAUAAUGAAACCGUUCAGUCCGAUACUCAUCAUGUAAUGUCGUACAAUAUGGCGAACGACGUUCUUACCGGUGCUGAGGAGACUUCAGGCCUCUGUCAGAAGCUUGAGUUAGAUGGUGACAGUAGCAGCGAAGCCUUUCUUAUGGAUAUCCCAAGUAUCCAUCAAGGAGUUCAGGAAUAUGAAGACCUUGCGCAAUUACCCCCCAUUAACCGAACCUUGUGGAUUUCAUCGCUACCAUCAGCUCGGCUUUUUGAAUUAUAG